AUGUCUCUGAUCUUUCGCCGAACCCAAUCUUCCUCAAGAUGGCUGUCUGUUCGUUGUUGUAGCAAGAAGAUGAAGAAGGUUGAAGCUCCGAUGGACGAGCCUUUGGGUCGGGAGUUAUACCUCGAAAAUCAGGUGGUUCGAUUCAUCUUAAACGCUCCAAAGAACCGAAAUGCAUUGUCUCUGGAGCUUAUGAAGAUGUUGAGGAAUGAGUUGGAGCAAGUUGACAAGAUUCAGAAGGUCAGAGCUGUGAUUUUGGCCGGCAAAGGACCAGCAUUCUCUGCUGGACAUGAUCUCAGACAAUUGGUACGUAUUUUUGUUUGUUUAUUGGUGUUUAGGUAAUGUCUUGGAUCCAAAUUGAUGUUAUAAUAUUGCUUUGAUUGUGUACUUUGUUCAGAAGCUAAUUUAAUGAAAGAACACAGGCUUUUAAAAAUUAAAACGUUCUUAUUUUGUGGGUCAUGGUUAACAUAACUUAUUUUGGUCGUUUGUGGAUGAAUAUUUAAGCUGUUUGACGAUCACAUAGUAUAAUUAUAAUCUUCAUUGUCUUGGCUUUGAUUCAUGUAUAAAUUCAUAGAAUUGUCUAACGUUUUUGUAAAAAAAAUCAAGUAUUCGCGUCAAAGGAUCAUGUGUAAUAUAUAUAACUUUUUAAUGUGCAAGGUCUACAAGAAUUUUUGAAGUGAAUUAGUUGUUUUUGGUUUCUUUGGAUUCUUGUUUUUAAUAUAAAAAGAAGUUUGACUGUUUUAAAAGUAUUUUUAAGUAACAAAAUAAGUUUUUCGCAUCAAAGGGUCAUGGAUAACAUAAUUUUAUGUUUCUUUCUUUUUAAAUAUCGGUAUAAUAUGAUGAUUGCAACGUUCUGAUUAAAACGUAUUUUAGACAGACGAAAAAGGCUUUGGUCAACAUGUAGAAAUCUUUUCGGAAUGCACCAAAUUGAUGUCAGUCAUUAGGGCAAUGCAGCUACCUGUUAUUGCCGAAGUGAGCGGAAUUGCAAGCGCUGCUGGAUGCCAAUUAGUGUCAACUUGUGAUGUUGUCGUUGCUAGUGAGGAGUCCAAAUUCUCCGUGCCUGGGUACGUCUAAAACACGGUUUUCGAGCUUGUUUUAGGUAUAAACAACAUUUACUUAACCUUAAUUUUCAGAUUAAAAGUCGGAUUGUUUUGCUCAACACCAGGUAUUCCACUUGGCCGAAGCAUUUCGGAUAAGUUGGCCAUGGACAUGUUACUCACAGCGCGGGCUAUCUCAGCUGAAGGUAAGGCUGUUUUUUUAGCUUAUGAAAAAGGUUUUUGCCAUUUUUCUGCUUUGAUAAGAGGUCUUUUCUAAUUUUUUGUUUGUAAAGAAAGUUAUUGCCACUUUUGUUUUGUAAAGAAACUUCUUGUUAUUUUAUGUUUUGCAAAUAAAUUCUUCGUCAUUUCUUUUUUUGUAAAGAAAGUUAUUGCAAUUUUUAUGUUUUGUAUUGAAAAUUCUUUUCAUUUUUUGUAUUGUAAAGUAAGUUUUUGCCAUUUUUUAGUUUGUAAAGAAAGUUAUUGCCAUUUUUGUUUUGUAAAGAAAGUUUUUGUAAUUUAAAUUCGUCUCUUAAUUCAUUGACUGCUCUAAUCGUAUAAUAGUUUAUUUUUAUUUAUUUUAGAAGCCAAAAAUGCAGGUCUAGUCUCACGUGUAGUACCAAAAGACGAUGUCAAGUACGAGGCGUUGAAAGUAGCUGAAGAUGUGUGUAAUAUGAGCAGAAGUGUGGCAGCGUUGGGAAAAGCCUUCUAUUACGCUCAAAAGGAGAUGAAGUUGAACGAUGCUUACAGGUGGGUUGGGCUUUUGAACCUGAUUUUUGAAAUUUUUGAUUUUGAAUUUGUAUGAAAUUUAAAAAAAUUCGAGUUUUUUAAAUUUUUGAACUUUCUUCAAUUUAAAAAUUUGAAAUUUUGAGUUUUUUUCGAAGAAACAUAUUGUUUUAAGUCUGGUUUUUCAAUUUUAAAUGAUCUUUUUGGCUAUCUUUUUAAUUUAUGGUUGAUGCAAAAAGAAUGGCGCGUCUUCAAAAUAUUUUUUUGGAUCUUAUCAAUUUUUUAAAAAUUUUACUGUUUUUUGACCGCUUUCUCAAAAAAAAAUGUUCAAAGACCUCUUCCAGAAAGAGUACAGUAGGAAAGCGGGCGAACAUUUGAGGGAUUAUGUUCGGACGGCUCAUCGCCUCGGGGGAAAAACGUUUUCCCUCCGCUUUAUUGUCGCCAAAUUGAUUAAAACGCAAAAAACGAGCGACAUCAGUCGAAAUAACUUGUUUUUUCGAAAGCAUACUGUAGUUGAGGAAAGAAAAAAUAUAGGUACAGUAGGAUUUUUUUUCAAAAAAAAUUUUUUUUUGAGUUUGUAAGAACUUUGUUUACAGGCAAUGAUAAGGGAGGUUUUUUUUUUGGUUUUGUUACCUAAAAUUACUAUUAUGUGGUUCAAUUAAUUACGUGCCCGUCUUGAAUACGGGGUUAGGGGGGCACAGAAUUAUUUGAACAGCUUAAUAAGUCUCAUUAAUAGCUAUUUGAUAUGAAUAUAACUCAAGUAUACUACGACAUGAUGCCUAUAUAACUCAGAGAUUACUAUAACUUGCUGUCGAUAUAACUCAAGAUUACUAUACCUCAAACUCUGUCACCUCGAUGCCCUUGCCCUUCUCAAUAUAACCACAAAUUUUUACGACGUGUAGCGACAUAGCAUAAGAAAUGAGUGCGUGAUGGUCCUAAAAUUGUCUCCUUUCAACAAUUUUUUGAUGGAUUUGCAGCCGGAGUAAAAGUGAAAGCAACAAUGUAAUUUAACUUUGUCACAAAUUUCGCCCGUUUGAAUUCUCGAUUUUGACAGCCGAAUAUGUGAGUGGCUUUGGGUAUUAUAUUUAUAGGUGAUAUAUUAGGUUGUUAACAUAAUUCUGCGCCCCCUUACCUCAAAAAUUUGCUUUGAGAAGGGCGCAGAAUUAAAUGAACAACUUAAUAGAUAGGGAUAUUUACAGUAGGUUAUUUAUAAGUGAUAUAUACAGGGGUAGUUACCGUAGGUUAGUGUUUGGUUGGUAGGGAUGGGUAGAGUAGGGUAGGCUAAUAUUAGGCUGUGGUUCACAAAAUUAAGUGUAUCUCGAAGAUUCUAUUGCCAAUUAACAUGGUUUGUAUUGCAAAUGGUAGCUAACAGUCUAAGCUUUAACAGAAUUUUACUCUUGUGGCUAAACAUACAGGUUGUUUUCUAUAAGUUACUCUGUUAGAGUUGAUGAUACUCAUUUUAUGCUCGAAAUCUUGAUUUUUUUCAAAAUUCUUUCAAGAUUUUAAAUGCUUCUAAACUCGGGCCAAAAGCCACGGUGUUAAUUCUCAUCUCCGGCUCAAUUAAAAUACGGUUUUAAUUAGGAUAAUUUGGUUCCGUUCCAUAAAACUGACUCAAUUACGGUACCCGCAGAUGCGCCUAAUGCCCGCGCAUGUCGCAAUUUGGCGCACAAUAUUCUGAGACUCGUAAAACAUGCCAUGAAUGUUGCAAUCUCUCCGGGGAUUCGAAAGGCCAAUUUCGCUUGGACCAAGCCAAGAAUAAGGUCAAGACGUUAAAUGUCGAGAAGCGGAGAGCAGGUGCGGGAAAAAUUGGCGCACGGCGUUGUUGGACAUUUAAAAAUGAAUUUUGAUCGGAAUGAAGGGGUUUUGAGAGUAAAAAUGAUAGCAGAGUAAAACUUCCGAAAAACUCAAGGAAAAGUUGAUUGAAAAAGCCUAAAAGUAGUUUUUUACUUUAUAUUUUUUACUGUAUCAUACUUUGAAUUUUGUCUAUGCUCGUUAUAAGCAACUUAAAAGAGUACUGUUUUUUGUUUGCUGUAGGGAGAGUUGUCGAUAUGAGUGUUUUACAUAAUGCCGUUUCUUUGAAUCAUAUGCAUGAAUUGGGCGUACAGUAUGAUUUAAAAAAACGGCAUUAUCUGAAAGGCUUCAUAAAGAUAACUAUCACUCCAGUGAACGAUAAACGGUUCUUUUUUGAAUUGCAUAUAACGAGUAUCGACUAACAAGGAAAGUGCCCGACCUGCCCCGCUCUGAUUGACUUCAAACUUUUUAUAAAGAAAGAUCAUGUAAAUAUAAGAUCUUCAGCAAACUACUAAGUCGCGCUUUUCAGGAAAUCUCGAGAAAUUCGAGAUUGAAAAAUGACAUUUUGAAUUUCCCGCCAACUUGGCAUUGUGUUUCAAGCUUGUAACUUUGUCAUUUUUUGACUUUUAGUUAUUUUUCUUUGAUAUAUUAGUAGAAUACCUUUGAAUGGACCUACAUUUUUAAAUUUGUACGCGUAUCUUGUCUUGAAAGCCCUAAAAAGUGCUUGAAACACAAUGCCAAAUUUGCCAAAUUGGCGGGAAACCCAAAUAAUUUAAAUUUAAAACUCAAAAGCGCGAGCUAAAAUUUUUUAUGGGUACUAUUGGUGGUACAAAGAAUUCAUAUAAAAGUUUUGAGAUGAUUCCGAGCGGGGCAGGUAGGGUACUUUCCUUGUAAGUUUGACGUUUGGUAUAUUAAACAGUAUAAAGUUAAUUUGAUACAGUAAAAAACCUACUUUUUUCUUUUUCUAUUAACUAUUCAGUGAGGAAUAGGUUAAAAAAUCUACUGUAUUUUCUAAAUUUCAAGACUUUUUAAUCAAUUGUUCCUUGAGCAAAGCAUAAUUAAAAUUUGAAACAUCUCUUCCAGUAUGCUUGCUUUAUGUUUGCACUAAAAACGGAAAUGCGCAAGAUUAAAAAAACCGGCGGAUUCACAAAGCGUGCGAAGCGACCGGAAAGAUAACUGUAACCGAUCAUCGGCAAGAACGCAUUUGAACUCGGGAUUCGAAUGGAAUAAUCCAAUUUCCUACAAAAGAAGCACGGAUUAGUGGGCUUUGUUACUCAUACAACAACUACUUUUUGUUGUUGUAAGAGGCCAUUGGUCCGCUUUAACAGAAUGUGCUUUUUAAGUAUUGCUAUAUCGACAAUCUUAAAUUGGCCGUAGUUAGGCUUAUUGGGCCGGGCCCAAUUUUUUGGUUUUCUUUGGGCACCGGCCUUCGAGCUCAGUAGCUGGCUGGGUUUUUUUUUAAAUUUGCUUUGGUCUUUCUUAUAUAAAAUCAUCAAAAUUAUGAUUGGUAUGGUACUGCUUUUAAGCCUUCAGUUAUCAUUAAUUUUAAUGCUGAAACAUAUUAAAAAACGAUUACAAAGUAAGUAGCUUUAACAUUAUAUUCGUUUCAAACGUUCUGUAAUUCAAAUCUUUCGUUGUGGGACCCGACCUGGACCCGUGAGGCUUGAUUUGGGCUGCGGCCUUCGUUUACACGUUACCGCCUGGCCCUUUUUAAAUCUGCUUUGGCCUUGCUUAGUCCAGUCUUGGGUUGGGCGUAGUAAAUUCCCUUUCAGGUUUAUCGAUAGCAUAAAAUUUGUAUUUUUAAAAUUAUUUUUUGUUAACAGAAAUCUUUUUGUUUCUUAUUUUUGGUCUGAUUUUCGUCUUUUUGGUGACCAAAGCUUUCUUUAUCUGCUUUUUUUGUCUAAAAAGUUCUCUAUGAUAAUCAAGAUAUUUUUUUUAAAAAAACUUUCAUUUUUUAAAUUUUUUUAAAGCAAUUUUUAGUUUGACGUUAAAAAAUAAAAGAAAUUUUUGUUGCAGAUUCGGCGAAAAAGUGAUGACCGAAAAUUUGAAAUUAAAAGAUUGCCAGGAGGGAAUUGAUGCUUUCAUCGAAAAGCGCACCGCCGCCUGGACCCAUUCGGAUGAACGCGUGAAUUAA